UUCAUGGGUUGCAUUACCAGCACCCCCUCCGUCUCCCUGACCCUCCCCGGAAGCACGGGCAGCGCCAUCUCCACAGUCGCCACCGACACCGCCACACUCCACUCCCUCUCCUUCACCGCCUUUCACGACGCCGCCGCCGCCGCCGCCGCCCCCAAUGACGAAAACCGCGACUCCCCCGACGACAUUGGGCAGCUCAAAGACGAGAUCUCCUCCAAGGCCCACCUCCUCUUCUUCGUCAAACACUACCUCGAGACCAGCAUCGACACUCUCCGCUUCUUCACUGCUCUCAACGACUCCCUUUCCAAAGCCCGUGAAACUGAACUCCUUGUUCGUUACGCUGUGCUCCUCUUCGAAGACGCCGACCGCCCCUCCGCUGCCCUUGAAAAGCUCAAGGAGUUCAAGAACCAGGCUGAUUCCUUCACUGAGAAGUUUGUCGAUGAGUUCAAGCUCGUGUGCGAGCGCCAGAAGUUCAUCCUCCAAAAUCUCCGCCUCCGCAAGCAAGAUCUAGAUCGGAAGCUUCGCAAAGUCAAGGCAUGGAGGAAGUUCUGGAACAUUGUUUACUAUGUGGUCUUCGCUGCUGUUUUGAUCUCCUCCAUUGUGCUCGCUUCUGUGGCUGCGCCGCCAGCGGUGACUGCCACUGCUGCUGCAGCGUCUGCAGCCAUGGCACCAUUGCAGCAGUGGCUGAAUUCAAUGUGGAAGAAGUUUCAGAAGCCCUAUGAAGAGGAGAGGAAGAUCAUUGAUUCAUUGGGAAAGGAGACCUCAUUCGCAAUUCAUGAGCUGAAUAGCAUUAGGUUUCUUGUUGAUAGUUUGGAGGGGAAAAUUAGAACUAUGAUUCAGACAGCUGAGUUCGCCAUUGAUGGGAAAGAGGAAGAAAAGCUGAAAGUGGCCAUGAUUAAGAUCAAGCUCAAUGCUGGAACCUUUGCCAAGAAUGUGGAGGAAUUAGAGAAGAAGAUGGACCGGCUUGGUCAUGAACUGAAAAGGGCCAUUGCUACUAUUCUGCAAACUGUCACUGAUUGAAUCAAAAGGUCCACAAAAGUUUCUGGUUUUUAUUUUUAUUUUUAAUGUAAAAUAAAAAUAAAGAAACGUUUGGAAUGUAUAAAUAUUCAAUACUCCC